AUGGAAAUGGAGCGUAGAGUGUGAGUUAUUGAAUAUUAUUAUUAUAUCAAGAUUUCAGUUAACGUAUUUAAUUAUUAUAUCAAGUUUUAAUUUAAUGUUUUCAGCGAAAUGAAUAAACAAUUUUUGGAAGAACAACAAAGAAAACAAGAAUCACUUGGCGGACAUACAGUUAGUUAUUCAAGGCGUCGUAUAAUGGCUAAAUAUGAAACUGAAGAAGUUUUGCAACUCAUUAAACCAACAGAACCGCCGAAUGCAGUUUUAAUAAAAACUCCAGAAACGAAUAAGAGAAGAAUUGUUGUGUCAAGCAUUGUUCCUGCAUUACAUUUAAAGAAACCAUCACCAAAUCGGCCAAGUACGAGUAAAGAAUCAACAUCCGAAGUUAAAGUUUUUUCAAAAGCCAUGGCUGAUGAUUUAUUUUGUCGAUUUCUGGCGAAAAAUGGAAUCCCAUUUCAAAAUAUCAAUGAUACUCUUUUUGAGAUGUUUUCGAAGAAUGUUGAAGAUUUGGAAAAGUAUGAUUUCCCAAGCAAUGACGAUUUGAAGCAAUGUUUGAAAAAAGCAGUUGAAAAAGAUAAAAACAUAGAAUACGUUUGCUCUAAUUCUAAAGUUCAUUUAACUGUUGAUUUCAUAAAAGAAGAAGAAACCACAUAUUUGGCAUUCUCAAUUCAUUUUUAUGAUGAAAUUUCAUCAUCAAGAGUCGACAGAAUAUUCUUAUUCAAACUUGAUUCAUUCGAACAUCCAACAACUUCUCUAUUUCAAUUUAUAAGACAAAUAUCUUCAUCAAUAUUACCAUUUCGACAAAUAAAUACAUCAUUAUUGGCAAGUAAAUCAGUGGAACAAGCAAUAUUCAAGAAUUCUCCAUCUCUUUGCUUUUUCGAGAUUCUUACCAAAUUUGCGAAUGAUGUUAUAUUACUACCUCCACUGAAAGAAUCAGCAAAUUAUUUGAUUGAUUAUGUGAGUCGUGUGAAAAUGAAUCCUGCAAAAUAUGACAAAUAUCGAUAUCUUCGAAAAGGUUUGAAUAACAAAUUGCCAAAUGUUGAUUCAUCUUCUUGGACAUCGAUUAGUAUAUUUAUUGCAAAAUGCUUGAAAAUCGUAAGUUUGUUAUCAAAAAAGGGGUAGAGGGUGAAAGUUUUGAUGAAACUGUAGAAAUACUAAUUUGAACCAUCUGUAUGUAUAAAUUUAAUUUCAGCGUUCCGAAUUAUCGCAAAUUGAAUCAAUGAAUACUCGGCAUUUUCGAAACAUAAUUCUACUUGGCAAAAUCCUCGGACAUUGUCAAAAAUUGGCUCAUCGUGUUGCAAGCGAUAAUGUUAUUUCGGUUAUAGUUCCAACUGUUUUAGACAUCAUCAAAUUUGUCGAUGACGAAAUGGCGGAUUUAUCAAAAAGUAUCAAAAGGCUCAUCGAUUUUCAUUUAUUUCCUCUAAUAAUUAUUGAGAAGAAUAUGAUGAGUUGUUUUUUUGACCCGAGAUUUGCAUAUUCUCCAAUUUAUACCGAGGAUACUUGGAUGAAAAUUGAAAAUAAUGUUUCGAAUUUAUUUUACUACAAAAUUACUACAAAAGAUUCAUCGAAAUGGAAUGAUAAAAUUCGCGAACAAUUUCAUGAAUAUCGAUGUUUGGUGGAGAAGAAAAGACCCGGAAAAUACACAAAUCCCUUCGAUUGGUGGAAAGAAAACAAUAAUUCUGGAUUGGAAACAUUCUUUGAAAAAGCAAAAAGUUUUUUAUGCGAACCGGCGAUUGCAAUUGAUAUUCAUUAUUAUUUCGGAAAAUAUGGAAAGUUUCGGCAUAUUUGCGAAUUUUUAGAAGAAGAAGAGUUGAAUGAUAUGUUGAAAAGUGCAUCGAGAGAUGAACAAUUUAGAUGUCGAGGGAUUAUCGCAGAAAAGGAUGUGAAUUUGAUUAUGUUGAUUGAUCAAACUAGAAGUGAAGAACAAGAAGAUGAAGAAGAGGGAAUUGAAAUUGUUGAGAGAAAUACUCACGAUAUUCCUGAAGUCGCCAAACAAAUAUUAGUUUUCAAUAGAGAUGUGUAAGUGAUUGGUUGAAAAAAAACCUUGAUAAAUCUUUGUUUUAUAAACCAAGAUGUUUCAGAGUUGCACCAAUUCCCGAAGAUAUUCUAAUGGCUGAACCUCGAAGAAAGAAAAAGACGAUGAUAGAAAAGGCUCCCGAAAAACCAAUAAAAAUCGAAGAAGAUUCGGAACCUGGACCGUCUUCAAUUGUAAAAGUAGAAGAAGAAGAAGCUCGUGUUAUUGUCAAAUGUGAGAUUAUCGAAAAUGAACCCGAAAAAGAUCGCCUAUGUCAAAUUUGCAUGGAAAAAUCGAUGUUGAUAACAGUUUGCAAGAAAAAAGUGUCAAUUGUUGAUGUGAUGUUUGUUACAGUUGCACAAAUUUUGAAUAAUCAGAUUACGAAAGAAGAAGUCAAAAGUCGAAUUAGUGGAGAUUUGAUUGAUAUUUGUAGAAUGCAUUGUGUUUUUUAUGUGAGUUUGAAAAUUGGGAACAUUUUUGGAAUUUGAAUUAUUGGGCUAAAAUUAAGCAAAUGUUUUCACUCGAAAUUCUAAUACAGAGAAAUUCAAUUUACAAAAUGUUUCUGAUGAAUUUCUACUGAUUUGAUUUGGAGAGAAAAAUGAUAGUUUUUUUUGUUUGUUGAGAAAAUUUCGAAGAAUAUAUUAUUUAUGGGAAAAUCUCUGAAACUCAAUUUUCGAAAAAAAAUUAAAUCUAGAGUUUUUAUUUAUUUUAAAAUUUUUGAUUUUAAAAAAGCAGAUAGAGAAUUUUCCACAAACAAUUUCAAAUUGUUUUCUAUGUAUUUCCUCAAAAACCCUAAUUAAAAAAUCCCGAUCUCAUGGCCUAAGAUUUUCCUCUUCCAUCUCCAAAUUAAUGCAUUUCUUUUUUUGCAGGCUCAAAGCAUUACGAAAUAUUUUGGCGUCAAUGAUUGGAAACAACUCGAACCCAAAGAUAUGAACAACAUUUUCGAAACUUGUCAAAUUAUCAUCAAUGAUCUCAAUUUUUCUCGAUUCGCUGAGAAUUUCAAUGAAUUUUUCAGGGAAUAUACGAUUUGA